AUGGAGUUGCCCGACGACGUCAUAUCGGACAAUAUGAUCGAUCUGAUGAUACCAGCGGAGGACUUGGUGCCGGUUCUUCUGACGCUUGCAGCCAAGUACCUCAGCGACUGCCCUCUUGCUCUCCAGCAACUGGAGGAAGAGAACAUGCAAUUGAAGAAGAGCAAAUCUCUCCUCGGGGAGACACUGCAGUGGACCGACUACAUGUCCUUGUCCUUCACACAAGAUGUCAUAACAGAGACGCUGCGUAUGGGGAACAUAAUUAGCGGCAUCAUGCGCAAGGCCAUGAAAGAUGUGGAGAUCAAAGGGCACCUGAUCCCCAAGGGAUGGUGCGUGUUCGCCUACUUCCGAUCGGUCCACCUCGACGACGACCUCUACGAGGAGGCCUACUGCUUCAAUCCAUGGAGAUGGAAAGUAACUGAUCAUAUCCUUUAA